ACUAAAAUCAGUCAAUUUGUGCUUGCAAUAAUGUUAAACGCGAAAUUAAAUUAUGAAAAAAAUGAUUCGAGCGAAGAGGAAUUUAUGUGGCUUCUCAGAUUCGCCACUGUCAAAAAGAUCAAAGAUUUUCUAACGAAGAUCCCGUCGAUAGACCUGCAUUAUCCCACUCCAAGUUUGAGAACACCUGUAACAUCGGCUAUUGAUCGCGGCGAUCCCCAAAUUUUAUUCUUUCUGCUGGAAAAAAGUUCGACAAAUCUGGACGAUACUACUACUCAACCUUGUGGCAAAACUGCGCUUAUGUACGCUUCUUUCGUUUCGAGACACCCAGAAAUAUUGCAGACUCUUCUGAAGAAAGAUGCAGACCUUCGAAAAGUGGAUAUCAGGGGCUGGACUUGUCUUCAGUACGCCAUCGUAGGAGAACGACCGAAAAACGUGAAAUUUCUUUUAGAUUCUGGUGCCCUCGUGGACCAAAGAGACGCUCAGGGACGAACACCGCUUAUGAUCUCAGUGUACCGUUCAAAUUUGGACGUUCUUUCGAUUUUAUUGGAUUACAAGGCGGACGUCAAUUUACGCGACAGUUUUGGGCUUACCGCCCUUCAAAUAGCAAUCUUAUGGAGGAAAAGGGAUGCAGCGAUCGUAUUAAUUGAAAGAGGAAGCGACAUGAGCGUGGUUACACCUUCGACUAGAGCCUCGAUUGGUGAACUAUGCAGAACCACUAUGCCGAAUAUUCUUCGAUGCCUCGAACCACAACCUAGAAUAUCAUAUUGUACCAAUCUCCAUGACAUACCAGAGAAUUAA